GUACAGCAUGUGGGGGAAUGAAGACUAAGGCAGGCACGGUGACAGACAUGGAGGUAGGCACGGAGAUAGACACAGAAACGGGCAUGGAGACAGGUGCGGAGGCAGGCACAGAGACAGGUGCAGAGGCGGGGAUGGAAGUACACGUGGUAUCCAUAGAGUCAGUAAUCUGGAAGGAGACAGACACAGAAACAGGCACAGAGACAGGUAUAGAGGCAGGAACAGAGAUAGGCGUAGAGGCGGGCAUGGAAGUACACGAGAAAGGUCUGCAGUCGAAGAGCAUUGCAGGCGUGGUAAGGAUGCUUGGGGCGGCGAAAGACGAGGACGGGAUGUUGGGGAGGGCCGUGGUGGGGAGAAUGAACGGGUUCUUUUCGUCCAAGAACAGAGAUGGAGGAAAGGGGAGGGCAGAACAUGAUGACGGAGUCUGUGUGGACGAAGUGGUUUGUUUAUUAGGAAGAGGGGUAACGGAUGGAGACAAAACCAGAGGAGGUAGGAGUGGUGAAGACAGGGGUGGUAGAGUUGUCGAAAGGUGGGUAACAGACGACGAUAAAACCAGGGGAAAUAUAGGUGGUGAAGACGGGGGGAAUGAAGUCAGGGGUGGUGAAGUGGCUGAAGCAGAGACAGGGGGGGCAUUCGUAGGUGAGACCCGUAGAGGGGACUCUGCAGGUGGUAAUGCAGGCAUGGUCACGGAUGCCAUGGAGGAGCGCACCGAGACCAAGGGCGACAAAGCAACUGCGGUGGUCAAGGAUGCCAUGGAGGAACACACUGAGACCAAGGGCGACACAACAACUGCGGUGGCACCAGAUGCCAUGGAGAAACACACCGAGACCAAGGGCGACACAGCAGCUGCAGGUCGAGUUGCUCCAGCGGAAUCAAUCAUAGAAGCAACCAAGGCCGAUGAGGAAGAGGCUGCGAACCGAAAAGGGGCAGCCAGGGUCACAAACGACAUGGAAGGGGUUACUAAGACUGAUGAGGACGCAGGUGCGGUAGACUCAGGUAAUGAAGAAGAGGCUGUGAUAGGUGUGACAUGCGCCGAUAAUGAAGAAGGGGUUGUGACAGGCGUAGCCCAAGGACAGUGUGUGGAUACCCGAGAAAGCGGGUGAUGAAUAGACCAUCGAAGCAUGUUGCGGAACCAGCUGGAGAGGCGGGUCACGUGCGCAGGGUACCUGUGUUGACGUUUACGAAUAUAGGAAGU